UUGGCCCGCCGCCACGGAGAUGGCGGAGGCUGCCCGCCCCGUGAUACGGUUUGGGAGGCGCAGAGGGCAAAGAGUGGAGUCCGCGCAAAAUAAAGAUGAAGUUAUGGAGGGAAUAUUUCUCCCAGUGGGAGUAGAUCUUCGCCAGAUAACUAUACUGUCUAAGGCAGAAUGGGAAAGGAUUCAAGACAACCUCAAUGCUCCAGCGAGAGAAGCAGCACGGAUUCGUGCCGAAAGGAAAGAACGGAAGGAUUUGCACUUGCAGUCUCAAGCUCUUGUGAAAAACUGGACCAACACUAUUGCAGGUUUGGCACAGGCGAAACUGAAAGCCAAAAAAGAGUGUGAACAGAAGAAUGAGGAAGAAAAAAGGAAAAUUGACCUGGAAGAAGCAAAGUACCAGGCACAGAAGCGAAAAGAAGCCAUUGAAAAAGCCAAAAUUGAUCAGUAUUAUCAAAGUGAGAGAGUGAAAGGAUUCCAUAAAGCCCUCUUACUUACCGAAGUCUUAAAAGAAAGGGAAGUUCAGAUUAAAUUUCAGAAGCAAAAACAAAAAUUGUACCAGAGUAAGGAUGAAGAAAGAGAACGUGAACGUCAAAAAGCCAUACUAAAAGAGGAGGAAAAGGUUAAAGAAUGCCGUAUGAAGCGAAUGCAGCUUAGCAAGGAUCAACUGGAACAGAUAAAAGAGAAUGAACGCUUAGCAGAGCUGAGCAGACUAGAAAGCAUAAAAGAAGGGGAAGAGAUUCAGGCGCUGACCAGGUUACAUCACCGGGAACUGCAGGAAAAAGAGCAGAAGCAGCUGGAGGAGAAGCUGGAGCGUAAACAGGCACACCAGGCCCAUGUUGCUGACCAAGUUAUUCUAAAAGCUAUAGAAAAACAAAAACAAGAAGAAGAAGAUGAUAAAAUUCGAGCACAUUUUCAUGCAAAGCGAGCUAUGACAAGGCUGAGAAAACAAAAAGAGGAAGAAAUGCUCAGAGAAAUAGAGGUAACCAGAGAAAAUAUUACUAACCGCCUCUUGGCACGGAUGAAACAGAAGACUGAUGAUGAAGAUGAGCGUAUUGCUAGGGAAGUCCGAGAGAUGGAAGCGGAGCGUGAGAAAGAGCUCGCAGAAAAAGUUGAAAAGAACAAAGCUGAUUUGAAAUCAAUCACAGAACACAGAAUUAGUGUGAUGAAAAAGAAAGAAGAAAAAGAAAAACAGGAGAAAGAGGAGGCUAAAGAGACACUUCGUAAAAUGAUAGAAGCGGAUCGAGUCUACCAGGAAUUAGAGAAAGACAAGAAACAUAGAAAUCAUUGUGCAAACUUAAAACUGCAAGAAACCCAUGUCAUGCAAAUUGCUGAAAGAGUAGCAAGAGAAAGGUACGAGAAGCAAGAGGACGCAGCCUAUGUUAAACAGAGAGAACUGAUUGCGCUGUGUAAGGAGCAGGAAUUCCAGGAGUAUGCAAAGAAAGUGAUUGAUGAAGAAUCAAAAACAACCCAGAAUCUUUACCCUCUUUUGAAAGUAGUGCAGGAAGGUGAUGGGACACUUUAUAGAGAAAGGGAAGGAAUAAGACCUGGUGGUCAGAAUUCUCAGCUACUUUAUACUGGCAGCACCGCUCAAGAAGUGAAGCUUCUAAAUGGACAGCAAUAUGAGGCUACUAAGGGACGGCUUGGUUUUACGUGGUAAUUUUAAAAAAUCCUUUAAAAUCUCAUGGCUUUAAAUGGGCCAAAUCGCUAAACAUGGAGUAUAGAAAUUGCGAAUUUACAAUUCAGAACAUGAAUAAAGUUUGCAACUCUCAAAAUACAUUUUUAUAAUCCUUAGACAGUCAAUAGUACUAGUUCAGACCCACCAGGUUCACUAAAUAAUGUGUAGCAUUUACAAAAUGGGGGAAAAAAAACCCCUUUUGCUUUAUUUGUGUGAAAUGUUUGAAAAACAGAAGCAUAAUUCUGUUCAUGUUCCAAAAAAUUCUGAAUU